AUGAAGAUCACCGAAAAGUGUGACGUUUAUAACUUUGGGACGUUGGCGUUGGAAGUAAUCAAAGGAGGAAAUCCAAGAGACUACAUCAACUCUCUGUCAAAACCAUUCGUAGAGAACACGGAUUUGGAAGAAAUGAUCCUUGAUCAUCGUCUUUGGCCUCCCUCUGUUGAAGUUAAGGAGGAAAUCGUGUUCAUCGUGAAACUGGCCUCCCGAUGCUUGAAUAAAGUUUCAUUCUUUAGACCAGGAAUGCAAGUUGUUGCUCAGCAAUUGUCCAGACGAAUGAAUGGAGAUCAUCCGUGA